CCUAAAUUUACCUGUCGCUCAGCUCACAAGUGGUUAGGUCUUGAGAACGAUACGGCCUCGCUUGCACCUCUCACGUCCUAUUUAAUGCCGCCUAUCAAGACCACCUCCCGGGCCGGUGAGCCUGCAACUAACCGCAGACCAGGCCGGACGAGGACAGGUUGUCUGACAUGCAGGACAAGAAGAGUCAAGUGUGACGAGGGCCGGCCUUCUUGUGAUCGGUGUGAACGGUACGGAGCCGAAUGCAAGUAUGCACCUCGAGUGACUCUCGAUCAAGUCGUAAAACGGGUCAACGGGAAGAAGGCCCCGAAAUCUGAGGGCUCAAGCACAUCGAGCAAGCAGCAAGAUCAUCGUGCGACAUUGCUACCGGACGAGGUUUUCGUCGACCGCGUAUUGAUCUUACAAGAUGAGACUAUCGCAUCAGGAAGUGGCCCAAGGAGAUCAAAUGAGGAGCGGAAUCAUAUGCUAUUCGGCGUGCGGUAUCUUUGUCGUUCAGACGAAGAGGAAGCAUACAAUCCAAUAGACCUGACCACCCGGGGAAAUCCCUUGAGCGGGAUGCAUGGGAAUCUGCUGAAGGACGCGCUGGCGGCUUUAGGGACAAUACGAAAAGCCAUCGACCAGGGGACGCAAAAGGAAGAACGUAACCGUUUGGAGAGAAUGAGUGCGAAUUAUCGACGGUCCGCGUCGUCCGGGCUGAGAAAGGUAGCAGUGGACAAGCUUAAGGAUGACGAGGAGGAAGGAGAAGAGCCUGGUCAUGCGUGGGACAUGAUGCUGGUUACGGGAAUCUCGUUGAUGGCCGCCGAUUCGGUUGGCAUGCAUCCUGGAUGGAGGGAGCCAUGGCAAAUCCUGGUUAAAGCGGUUCGGGCCCGCCAUAAACAAAAUCCAGAUUCUCUACAUCAGACCGCUCGUUCGGCGUACUGGAUGGAGAUACUGGUCAUCCUCGACUGCUUUGCUAGCAUCAUCGUAGGAUGUAAACCCGUCAUCAACAACCUUUACAGUACGGGAUCAACGCGCCACUAUCUACCGCCAUCUCGUAUCGACAACAGUCUCAUCGAGAUCCUUACCGAAUCCGCCGGUCUCAUCGCCGAAAAAAUCCGCCUGGAUGACGAAUAUGGUCCAGUUGACCUUACACAAUACGAAAUCAUGUCGCUCAUGGAUGACAACGGGGAAAGGACUCUCUUCGGGAACUCGCCACAACGUCAACAGCGACGUGCACUAGGGUUUCAGUUCAAAGCGACUCAUCAGCGGAUGGUCGAUUGGAAGCGAGACGAGCGAAAUUUGCAAUUGUUGACUUCCGAGGCUAGGAACAAGUCUUUGGCUCUCUGGAACACGUGCUGGUUAUACUAUCUCUCCGAGGUUUACUUGGAAGAUACAGCAAAACCAGAGAUACAAGAGGCGGCGAUUCAAGUUCUGGCUCAUUGCGAGCAGUCCGACUCGGAAGAUAUAUUUCUGGGUUGGCCUCUUGUGUUAGCCUCCUCGAUCCUUUCAGAUACGCAAUCUCGAGUCCGUGCGCUGGUCGUCCUCGCAAAGCGGUUUCAUCCGAAGAUGACGGUCUUGAUCAAGGAGAUCUGGGAGCGAUACGAUGCCACUAGCGAGAGGAGUCUGGUCAGAACGAUGAGAGAGCUGGGUGGGGUUGUAUUGUUGUCAUAAUCUGGCCAGGAUAACAAGAGUCCCCGCGUCUGUUAUUCAUAGUCUGGCUAUCAGAUACACACUACACACUACGGCUAAAUCGAGAGCUGUUUGUUCUGCGCCGAUGGGAUCAGGCGUUGAAGCACAAUGAAUCACUUGACCUACUUUCA